UAAAGUAACCACAAGAAUGCAGUGUGUGUCAGGCAAAAGAGUUGCGAGCAGACAGAGGGCUCUUUCUUAAAGCGUACGGCCUAGGAAGACUGAGAAACAGUGACUCAACUCCUCCUCUCACACGCAGGCUCCAGGUACAGCAGCGGAUAUGUGCUGUGCCUGCCUUCCAGUCAGAGCAGCAGAUUGUGUUGCUGAAACCAGGGUUAUGUGAUGCCUUCAGAGACGUCUGGACUGACCCCUGAUCAGAGCCGAAAUGCCCCCAUUCCAUCACAUCUGUGAGAGUCAAGGCAGAAGAGACUAAAAUAGAGUUGGAGUCUCCAGAGAGACUGAUGCUGAGAGGAAUCCACCCAGCACAAACACGAGCCACGAUCUCCGCAGCCACAAGAUAUGAAUCGUCAAAAGUCAAAGCGAAACAUCUCAUAAGCAAUGCUUUGUUGUUAGACCCCAAAGGCAAGGCGUUUUAUGAGAUGAAUGGUGAGGUUUGAGAUUAAAGCAAUAACUGGAUUUUGAAAUUGUCCAUCCAUCAUUUAUUACAACUGGCUUGUGAGAUAUUUCCUCAGGAUGGGACUUGCUAUGACAUGAGCAUAACAUUUACUGAGCUGAAGCACGGUGUGAGAACUGGCUCAAAUGGACAGUUUCUUGAUCUCUUGAUAGAAAUCCCAUGCUAAUUACUGGCUUAAUCGGAUCUACAGUGGCUUUACAUCUCAGAUCGCAUUGGAUUUGAUCUCUACGGGGAUUUGAAGAACUCUUGCUGAACCAUGAAGGAGGAAAUUGUGCAGUUUUUCAAUGAUGUAUGGAACCUUGCUUCAUCCAAGCACGACCAGAGCAUCUACAACACGGUUUGCCUGGUAGUGCUUCUGACUCUGCCGCUGGUUGUGCUCUUCACAUCUGUGCUGGUCUGCUGUCAUUGUUGCUGCUGUCGUCAGGCCGAUGGAUGUCGGUGCUGUCGCCGCAAAAGCGAGACCUCGGCGACAAAUGUGAAAUCCGAAAAGAAGAAGAAAAAGAAAAACGGCAGCCAGAACAAUGAAGACUUGUGGAUCUCUGUCAAAGCAGAUCCCAUGAGUAGUGACAGACUUGCACUCACUAUGGUGUAAAAAGCCACGUAGAACAUGAGCAAUUUUAUAUUUAUUUAUCUUUAUGGUACAUGUAAAGGUACAAAAGUGUUACAGCAUGUUUACUUAAAAUGUGCCUGAAUGUAAAAAGAAAGAGAGAAUUUCAAGAGACUUUUUGUAUAGAAAUGAAAUUUGGGAGUGAAUGAAUGUGCAAGAAUAUGUUUUAUUAUGUGUGUGUGGUCCUGACAAGCUUUCCCAUAACCCACAUUUUAGAAAUGAAAAGAAAUGAAUAUCUGUCAUCAUAAACAGUUAAUCCUGGGCCUUGGAUUUGAUUUGCUGAGCUGUUUUUGCAUUCGAUUUCAUUGAUUUUUCUAUUGAUUUUUUGUGUAAACAUGCUCUAGAGCAUCAUUGUGUUCGCUCCUUUCUUGAGUCUUGCACAUAACAUGGCUUUCUAAAAAUGUGGCGGUUAAUUAAAAAUAGUUCAACUUAAAAAAAAAAACUCUAGACCUUACGUUUUUUCAUUUCACUGCCACGCACCUUGCAUUUUUUAACGCAAAAACGUGUUGUGUGAAUGGCCCCUGAUAGACAGUCCAAAAGCACUGGGACUUUUUACUGUUAGUAUCACUCUGCUUAUCUGCUUUUUUGGUUCUGAUGGGGAUUUUCAGCAACUCUUUAAGCAUGUUACAUCAUUUUGCCAGUCAAGUGACUGUCUAUGAGUAAGUCUUUGAUUCAUUCAAUCAUUCAUUCAGUAAAAAUGGUACUCUCUAUAUAAGUGAGAUUCAUUCAUGCCCAUCUAUAUAAGUGAGUCAUUGAAUCAUUUACACAAUUGAUUUGUUCUAAAACACCGCUGGGAUGUCUGUUGCUAGCAAAUGCAACAGUUGAAUUUGUUUGUUUGCAGAGCAAAAAUACAAAAAUUAAAACUGCAUUGCAAUAUUCUGUCUAAAAUGUAAGUUACUGUACUCAAUAUGAACUUGUUUGUUCAAAUGCUGCACAAAAGAAACAUUAUACUCGCAGUCAUAUUGUUUGUCUGAAUAUCAAUAGAGAUGUGAUUUCCUGCGAUAUUCAAUCGAAACAACAGUAAUAUCCAAUUCUUGAUUAACACUUCUAAUCAGGCCAGAUGUCAGAAAUAUGUCAGAAUCCCAAAGAGCUCACCACAAUUACAAAUGCGUCUAAAAGCUGCACUUAAACCAAAACAUUUUCCAAAGAUGUCAAAGACUUCUUGUAAUGCACUUAGUGGGUUGCAACCACUUGUCCUUCACUCGAAGGAUGCAAUGCAUUUAAAAUGACUUGCUUUAAAUGGCUUCGGAAAUUGAUAGUUUCCCACAAAACAAUUUCCCUAUAAAUAUAACCUGCCUUUCUUACUGUUGACUGACUAAACCAUUAUUUAGAGAGAAAAACGUGGGGCGAGGCUGUUAUGUUGGCAAUGUGACGCAUAUGGAUGAAUUUACUAGAGUAUAGAUCAACAGCUCCAUGACACUUGUCUCAUAAUCUCCUCCUAAACACCUCCGUUCACAAUGGAGUGAAAAUUAUACCGUUCUCAAAACUCAGACUGAUGGAUACACCAUUAUCAUCACAGUUGUGAGUAAUUGGGCCUGCUGAUAAACAAACUUUGAUCUUCUCGCACUUUUCAGAUGCAGGGAUGUUUGCAGUGCCGUAAUUAGAUGUUUUUGUGGGUACUUCAACACAUUCUGAUUAUGCAUGUCAGAAAGUCAUGCAUUAACACCCAUCAUGCUCUUUUUUCACUUAAGUGUUGUGUUUGUCUACCACGCAUUUCCAUAUUAUCGGGUAAAGCAACCACUGAAUUAUUCAUUGCGUAAUCAGUAAGGUUGGGUCAUGCUUGUCCUUCAUUGAUUUUGGUUUUUGGCACAGCUGGAUCAAAGGAGAACAUUUUUUCAUUUGUUUAAACAGCAAAGCUGUCAAGUUCUGUUUCCUGUGCUCUCGUUCAACAUAUGUGAUAGCAAAGCUUUGAUCAGUCCGUUUCUGCAUUAAAAUGAGUGUCAGUUUGUAUGAAUAUGCUGAAGCAGCAUUUUCCUUCUCAAAGUCUGUUGCUAUGCAGGUCGAUGCAUGCAGAUAUUUUCAGCUUUGUAUUUUUUUUUUUUGUUCGUUCAGAAAUAAAAUUAUUUUUAUAUUUA